ACCCUUUUUAUUGAUGGACCACCUCCCAAAAUUUAUAGGAUCAGUGUGUCCAGACUCAAAUAUUGCAGCAGACCUUAAAAUAUCUAGGACGAAAGCCACCCUAAUUACUAAACAUUGUUUUACAUCCUCCGCUUUAGAGAAUAUUGCUUAAAAAGUUGACAAAUCAGUUGCUUAUAGUUUGAUAAUGGAUGAAACCACUGAUGUGGCAACACAAAAGUCAUUAGUUGUAGUGAUAAGAUUUUAUGAUGAAAAGGUGACAGACCACUUUUUUGGUCUUUUAGAAAUACAUCAAGAAAUUGUGAAUCAGUUAAAUCUUGAAUUCCAAAGUGAGAAAUGUAAGAUAUAUUUAUUAAGGUGACAGAGUUAGUGCCUUAUACAAGACGAUAUUAAGGAAUUAUUUAAAAAAAACAUUACCUUGACCAAACUAGUUUAGAAAGAAUAGACGUAAAAAAUCCCAGAAAUUUUUUACCAAUUGAAGAAGUUUAUUUUGGCGCUAGGGUCCAGGUAAUGUUAUCCUCAGAGGAAAAUAAUAAUUCUGUCAACAAUUUUAGACUAAGAUGUCUUGAUUUUUAUAUUGAGCUAUGCUCCCAAAUUCAGAAAAGAUUUUCAUUCAAUGAUCCAAUUUUGAAUUUCUGUAAAAUAUUUAAUCCUUUGACUGUAGUAAGUGGAAAUAUAAACUCUAUUGCUGCUAAGAGCAUUCAGUAUUUUCCACAAUUAGUUACUGACAUUGAAAAAUUGGAUUUUGAAUGGAGACUGUCAGCAGAUUCCGAAGAAGUACAGAGUAUUAAAGAUUUAGAUUUUGAAGAAUUUUGGGAAAAAAUAUUUCGAAUGAAAAAUAGUAUGGAUGAAUUGUUAUUUCCAAAUUUAUCCAUCUUAGUCAAAGGCAUAAUGUGUCUUCCUCAUUCAUCUGCAACUGCAGAGAGACAAUUUUCCCAAUAUAAUUUAAUCAAAACCAAAGUUCGAAAUCGUUUAAACAUUGACACUUGUGAUUCAAUAUUACAAUCAAAAGAUCUUUUGAAAGGUUAUUCUUGCCACACUUGGGUACCAGACACCAAUCUUUUGAAAAAAAAAGGUUUGAAGAAUUGCGCCGCCAGAAAAUACCUCAUCACUUUUAGCUGUAGCUAUGGCAUGGCUAUGGCUACGUGGCCAACUCCACGCAAACAUAAUAUUUGAAAAGAUUUAUU